UCUGGAAAACUCACCGCUUUCCUCAAGGAUAUGACGUCUUCGGAAAUAAAUUUUCCGUAAUAUUUAUAAAUUUUCUGAAGGGAUGUCUUGUUGUCUGAAAUGUAAACAAACACACUCUUUAAUGCGACGCGAAAUCUGUAUUACUUGUCGUCGAGAUGCUUAGUAUUAAUUUCGCGGUGAGCCGAUUAUUUUACAUCCGUUGGUCCGGUGGAGUUUUAGAGUGAUCAGAAUCACUAACGGACAACGGCUACAAGAGAGCAGUAAAGAGGUGGAAUCUUGCGUUCGUUAAUCUGUUGGAAUAUCGCACCAUUUUGUGGUUUACACUCCAGAAUUGUUCUUUUGCAUCCAGUGUCGCAUCGUACGAGAAAAUGUGCACUUGUAUUGACUAUUGCAAUAUUUGAUUGCAACUUGCAAGCUGUGGCAUGCGCUGACGACAGUACUGGCAAUAUUGUGAGACACCCAGUUGACAUUCUUCCACAAUGUUUUCUUAUGACUUUCCACCUGUAUGAUUAAUAUGAUGCCUGGGAUGUCCGUAGCGGAAAUGAACGUUGACAUUCCAUAUACGGCGCCUGUUGUACCCCUGGACGUCCGAAAACGAGUCCGUUUCUCAGAGGUUGAUGUGUUGGCGACAUACUACGACGAGUAUAGCAACAGUGUUAAUCACGAUGAGCCUCCCCAUCCUUCCGUGGUGCUGCCCCCCAAAAAGUGGAAAGUGAGGGAGCGACGGAGUCAGGCAUCUUUGGGCACUAACCACACAGGGCGCUAUCUCAGCAUUCAACCGGGUGAUGAGUUGGUAUUUGAGAGUCGCGCAAGCGAUGCACGAGAGAAAGAGCCAGCACAGUUCGACGUAAUACGUCUCGCCAAUAUUUCUGCCAGUCAUGUGGCUUUCAAGGUGAAGACCACCGCUCCGGAGAAGUUCCGCGUGAAGCCCAGCUAUGGCUUCAUUGAAUGCGGAGGCACGAAGAUGGUGGAGGUGACCGUUCUGCCUGGUUUUGUGAUGUCAACACAGAAGGACCGCUUUCUUGUCAUGAGUGUCCCGUUGGACGGUGAGUUGGAUAGUCAUGACGAUCUCGUUGAAUACUGGCAUGAUUUGUUGAAUGAUCCGAAAUCAACUGCGGUUGUGGAUGAACAUAAGCUGCGCUGCACAGUUGUUAUGCCGAUUAAUGGCGAUGCAUCGCCGUCCACGAGUAGCGCUGAGGAGAGCAGGACGUUUGUUAUGGAGCAGUUGACCGCUCUGGAAGGAAAACUGGAUUUGCUUCUGGCAAUACGCACUGAAAAUCAUAAACGGUCAGCGAAAGCUCGGGAGAAUUUGCUGACGACCGCCAUGCUUCUUGUUUUAUUGUUUUUAUGUACAAGAGUGAUUGUUCUUCUAUUUGCCAGUGAUUCAAAUUACGAAAACUGAUGUAAAUUUGGGAGUUUUGCUCAGUUUAAUAACCGCUUAUGACAGUAACGUUUGUUUUGUCGUUUUUAACGUGUACAGUGAUUUUAUGGGGUUUGUUGUAACAAUAGUUCGACAGGUAAAUUUACCUCUUUCA